AUGAAGGCCUUGGGCACAGAACAACAGUACAAGGUGGUGUGUCACUGCCUGUCCACCCCCAAAUGCCACACACUGCCCCUCUACCACAUGCAAAUCUUUGCGCCUAAUCAUGUAGUUGCCAAGUUCCACUUCUGGUACUUCCUAUCUCAAUUAAAGAAGAUGAAGAAGUCUUCAGGGGAGACUGUCAACUGUGGGCAGGUGUUUGAGAAGUACCCACUGUGGGUGAAGAACUUUGGCAUCUGGCUGCACUAUGACUCCCGGAGCAGCACCCACAACAUGUACAGGGAAUACCGGGACCUAACCACCAUGGGUGCUGUCACCCAGUGCUACCAAGACAUGGGCACCCGGUACCGCGUCCGGGCCCACUUCAUCCAGAUCAUGAAGGUGGAGGAGAUUGCGGCCAGCAAGUGCUGGUGGCCAGCUGUCAAGCAAUUCCACGACUCCAAGAUCAAGUUCCUGCUGCCCCACUUGGUGCUGUGCCAUCAGCAGAAGCCACGCUUCACCAGGAGACCCAACACCUUCUUCUAG